ACAGAAAAUCACUUAAGCACACCCCAGGAUAAAGAUGCAGAGAAAGUAGAAGUUGUGGAAGGAACGAGAAAAUGGCAGGCCCUUCUUCUCUUACUAUCUUUUUCUUCUUCAGCUUGCUGUUCUUCUCUGAGAUAUCUGAAGCGUCCAAAUGCUCACUCAAAGGGUUACCUAUAGUAAGAAAUAUCAGUGAGCUUCCGCAGGAUAACUAUGGAAGGGGUGGUUUGGCACACACAACUGUUGCUGGUUCACUCUUGCAUGGGUUGAAAGAGGUCGAGGUUUGGCUACAAACAUAUGCUCCAGGAUCAGGCACACCAAUACACAGGCAUUCUUGUGAUGAAGUUUUUGUUGUCCUAAAGGGAAGUGGAACUCUCUACCUUGCACCAAGCUCGCACGAGAAGUUCCCUGGAAAGCCACAAGAGUUCUCUAUCUUUGCAAAUAGUACAUUUCACAUACCUGUUAACGAUGUUCACCAGGUCCGGAAUACAAAUGAACAUGAGGAUUUGCAAGUACUUGUCACCAUAUCUCGUCCGCCAGUUAAAGUGUUCAUAUAUCAGGACUGGUUCAUGCCACACACUGCAGCAAAGUUAAAGUACCCCUACUAUUGGGAUGAAGAAUGCCUCGAAGUCGAACCACCACCAAAGGAUGAGCUAUGAUAUCUUAGAAACGUCGCAAACAACCGUUGUAAAUCAUCUAGUCUCAUUAUCGUUCGAAAAAGACAUUGAGAAUAGAGUUUUGAUUUCAAUGUACAUUUCGCAAUUUGCAAAACGACGAGUAACUGGGAUGAAAGACUGAUGAAAAUUGUGAUACACAUGUAGAGAUUUCAAACGAUAGAAAUUUUCUGUUUACUGGAAAGACUCUUGAAUACA